UAUGACAGUUCAUGUGCGGAUUUAAUUUUGUUUACAUCAACCAAAACAAUUGUGAAAUUUGUGUGUUUGAUACGGAAACGGUUUUGCGGUGUAGGAAAAAGUGUUAAUUCAUUUAAACAAAAUUCUAAUUUGUGUAAAGAAAGUGAAAAUUCGACGUUCGUUUGUACAGUAAUGUCUAUUUUACUCGCGGAUAUCGAUGCCACUUGCGCGGCGCUUGGCUACCACGACAAUGAUCGCUACCUGGCCGAGCCGGACGCACUGCAGGGCCUAAGGCAUUUAAUUUGGAUUUUGCGACGCGAUUUAGAAAAUCACGAAUAUCGCCGUCACUUGGGCCAUGCAAAAGUGCUACAAACAGAUUUGGUGCAUAUGCUGCAUGAUUAUGUACAAAAUAAUGAAUAUGCAGAUGCUCUUGUGCGUUUGCUGGUCAUUUUAACAAAUCCUACGUUGCUAUUAUAUCGCGAUGGACCACCAAAAGAAUUCCAUAGUCGCAAACUGUUUAUGGAAUUAAUUGAAAUUCUCCAGGGCUAUAAGAGUGCAUUCACUCAAACCAAAGUUUGGGUGCCACUAUAUGGCAUAUUGAAAAAAGGAUUAGAAAUCGACUGGGCGAUACGCAGCGAGGAGCAGAGCUUGAUGAUUGAACGCGUCCUUGUGCUGAUACGAAACGUGCUUCAAGUGCCAGCCAAUCCGGAGGCAGAAUGUCGUGCCGAUAAUGAUGCCAGUCUGCAUGACCAAGUUAUCUGGGCGCUGCAUCAGUCUGGUCUGAUGGAUUUGGUGUUGUUCGUGGUGUCAUCGCCGGAUGAGCAUCAGUUUCAUUUGCACGGUUUGGAGAUUUUGUGUCUGCUUUAUCGCGAACAAACAGCCGAAUCCCUUGCGGAUGCAUCAUUGCAACGCAGCAUCGCCGAGAAGCAACGCGACGAACAGGAAUUGCUGGCUGCGCGUCGCCGUGAACGCCAAAGGCAUCACACCAAACCGCCUGCGAUGCGGCAUUCACGUUUCGGCGGCACGUAUGUAAUACGGAAUAUGAAAUCCGUGUCGGAUCGCGACAUCAUUUGCCAUCAGCCGUUGGAACGUGUUAUGUCGAUUGAUUUCGAUCGUGAGAAGAAUCAACAGAAGCGUUCAUUUCGCCACGUUAAGGAGGAAGUACAGCUGACGCGACGCAGUGCGUUCUCAGUGCG